CACUGACACUGGGAGCUGUAACAGCACUGACACUGGGAGCUGUAACGGCACUGACAGCAGUAACGGCACUGACACUAACAGCAGUAACGGCACUGACACUGGGAGCAGUAACGGCACUGACACUAACAGCAGUAACGGCACUGACACUGGGAGCAGUAACGGCACUGACUGCAGUAACGGCACUGACACUGGGAGCAGUAACAGCACUGACAGCAGUAACGGCACUGACACUAACAGCAGUAACGGCACUGACACUGGGAGCAGUAACAGCACUGACACUGGGAGCUGUAACAGCACUGACAGCAGUAACGGCACUGACACUGGGAGAGGGCAGCUCUCCCCUCACAGUCGCUGGAGGAGAGGGUGUGUAGCUCUGUCCUCGAAUGAUUAUCCGCUAAUCUCAGCAGGCUGUAUUAUCUCCCCCCGCCUGAGCGGGCUUUAGGGAGGGCGUUUUAGGGCACCUCUCCUUCCACGCUGCGUGCUGUGGGUCACAGCGGGCGAGAAACAGCUCUCCGGUAAAGAGCCGGGUCAGGUGGUGCGGUGGGCGUGGUCCUGACCCCAGCAGCGCCUGAAGGAUGAGAUAGCAGAGGUGACCAAUGAGAUCGAGAACCUGGGCUCCACAGAAGAGAGGAAAAACAUGCAAAGGAAUAAACAGGUGGCCAUGGGCCGCAAGAAGUUCAACAUGGACCCCAAAAAGGGGAUCCAGUUCCUGAUUGAGAACGACCUGCUGAAGAACACCUGUGAGGACAUCGCCCAGUUCCUCUACAAGGGGGAGGGGCUUAACAAGACAGCCAUCGGGGACUACCUGGGAGAGAGAGACGACUUCAACAUCCAGGUGCUGCAUGCUUUCGUGGAGCUGCACGAGUUCACAGACCUGAACCUGGUGCAGGCACUCAGGCAGUUCCUGUGGAGUUUCCGGUUGCCGGGGGAGGCACAGAAGAUCGACCGCAUGAUGGAGGCCUUCGCCCAACGCUACUGCCAGUGUAACCCUGGUGUCUUCCAGUCCACAGAUACCUGCUAUGUUCUCUCCUUCGCCAUCAUCAUGCUGAACACCAGCCUGCACAACCCCAACGUGAAGGACAAGCCCACCGUGGAGCGCUUCAUCGCCAUGAACCGCGGCAUCAACGACGGCGGAGACCUGCCUGAGGAGCUGCUACGGAAUCUGUACGAGAGCAUUAAGAACGAGCCCUUUAAGAUCCCAGAGGAUGAUGGGAAUGAUCUCACGCACACCUUCUUCAACCCCGACCGCGAGGGCUGGCUUCUGAAACUGGGAGGCGGACGAGUGAAGACCUGGAAAAGAAGAUGGUUCAUCCUCACGGACAACUGCCUUUAUUACUUUGAGUACACCACUGACAAAGAGCCCAGAGGGAUUAUUCCGCUGGAGAACCUGAGUAUCCGGGAGGUGGAGGACUCUAAGAAGCCAAACUGUUUUGAGCUCUUCAUCCCUGAUAACAAGGACCAGGUGAUCAAGGCCUGCAAGACGGAGGCGGACGGGCGUGUGGUGGAGGGAAACCACACCUUCUACCGCAUCUCCGCCCCCACCGCCGAGGAGAAGGACGAGUGGAUCAACAGCAUCAAAGCCGCCAUCAGCAGGGACCCUUUCUACGAGAUGCUGGCCGCACGCAAGAAGAAGGUGUCGUCGGUGAAGAGACACUAGGGAGGGGCUACAGCGCUUCGGACCGCCUCCUACCCCCGGCGGAGGGGAACGUGUUUCUGAAAGGACCGCGGGGGAGGGGUGUCUCAGUGGGACUUUGUCUUCAGUAGCUUGAGAUUUGGGGCGGGGCUAAUGUAGCAGAGGGAGUUCUGGGAGCUGGCGAAGGGUUUCCCACGCAGUAGGCCUCCCCCUCCCACCCCUCUGUCUCGACCCCGCCCUGCCCAGUCUUGCCCCGCCCCUCUUUCUUGCUGCACACCCCUGUCCACAGGGGAAGCACAUUUGAUGAUCCACUGUUCGCUUUCACAUGCAACGGAAAACGCACGCACACGCUACACGCACACACUGCUCACACACACGCUGCACACACACACGCUGCAC